AUGCCCAGCGCUUCCUUCUCAUCGUCCCGAUCGUACGUUCGCCGAUCCCGGAGAAAGGGCAACCGAAUUCCGCUGCCAUCGCGAACUUCCGCAAUCUGCGAACAGAACAUUCCAGCACCGAACGUUGGUGCAGCUUUGUCGUCGAAUGGUGGUGGAAGUGGCGGAGCCGGUGGCGGUCCGGCCGUGACAGCUGCAGCACCCCCGACCGCCGGAACCGGUCCGACAACGGCCGUCAGUACCACGAUCAGCUCCACAAAUAGCAGUACCUCCGCCAGUUCGUCCACAUCCAAUGCUCCUUCCACUUCCACAUCACCAUCAGCGUCAUCGUCGACGAACGCAUCGCCAAGCUCCUCAACGGCACUGACGGUUUCCAUCACCGGUCUGUCCGCUGCAUCUUCCAACGUGAUGAUGGCACCACCGGGUGUAUGCACAUCGGCCGCCGGAUUGUCCAACUUCGGCGGUAGCUUCAGCGGCGCCUCAACCACCACAAAUGUGGACAUCGUAGGACCUACGGUAAUGGUCUGCGGUGGUGGUGGUUCCGUUUCCGGUACAACGAGCUCAUCAUCAACGACCACAUCCUCACAGUGUCUGUCGGCAAUAACGGCUUCACUGUACGCGAUCGUCGGAUCGAGCAGUGGCAACAGCACAUCGACUGGGGCCUCCUCUUCGUUCGGGUGUUCCGGUGCUUCCUCGUCUUCCAUAUCAGGAACGGUAGGAGCUGGAGCAGGUUCAACACCGUGCGGACUGUCCGUUCCGCUUUCCUCUGUAACACUGUCCGAGGUGAAGCAGAGUUCCAACUCGCCAUACGAUCUGCGCAAAAAGUCCCCUAUGACGGCACACGAUUCAACCAGUGCCAGCGGUGGAGGUAGUGGAGGAACCGGCAGUGGAGGAAGUGGAUGGUUAGCGGGAAAUGGUCCCGCAACGUCAACGUCGUCCCCGGCAUCAUCCUCUAGCGCAAUGGGAGCAAACUCCUCGGCGGGAAGUUCCUCGUCAACUUCCGGUUCUUCGGUGUCCUCCACGGGUGCACCAUUCGGUCUAGGAUGUGGCCCAUCGUCCUCAUCUAGCUGUAGUAUUAGUAACCCGAACUGUUCGCCAGGUGGCGGCAGCGGCAACGCCAGCGGCAAUCUUCUUCUGCACCAUCACCAUCACCACUCACACCAGUAUCAAUCGACAGGUGGAUACGAUCCAAAUGCGGCUGCCUACAUGCUGCCGGCACGGAAACGCCCCCGGCGUACUUACUCCAACAGUAACGAUGUUGGUACGUCUAUGGCGGCCACGAUGCCCCAACAACCGACGGCUGCCGCCGCUGCACUGCUCGCUGCAACGGGCGGUGGUUCGUCCGCUUCCUCGUCCGUUGCCUGCCGGCCAGCAGCUACGGCGGCGGUUGUGGCGCUCACCUCUCCAGCAACACCUUCGCCACCGAUGGCAACGGCGUCGGUGGCUAUGGCGGGCACAAUGUGCAUGCAGUCAGCGGCACACUAUCUGCAGUACGAAAUGCCGGACGAGGUGCUGCUUACAAUCUUCUCCUACCUGUACGAGCAGGACCUCUGCAGGGUAGCACUCGUCUGCAAGCGCUUCCAAACGAUCGCCAACGAUAAGGAGCUGUGGAAGCGGCUCUACCAGAACGUGUACGAGUACGAUCUGCCGCUGUUCAAUCCGGAACCGUGGAAGUUUGUGUUCGUGAAACCGGACGAGGCGGACUAUGCGAACCCGUGGAAGGAAAGUUUCCGGCAACUGUAUCGGGGCAUACACGUACGGCCCGGCUAUCAGGACCGGCGCUAUCAAGGUCGCACAAUCGCUUACUUCAACACCGUGCAGGGUGCGCUGGACUAUGCUGAUGAGAAAAAUUCGGCUAACAGCAAUGGCACGACGGGUAGCACCGGUAGCAGCGGUGGUAGUGGCGGAGGAAGUGGAGCGAGUGGGAACGGUAACAAUGGGUUGGGUGGUAAUAACAGCAAUAGCAAUAACAACAACGGUGACGAUAUGGCAGGAGUGGGUGGAGUUGCGGGUGUCGGAGCAGGCAGUGGCGGCGUGGUCGGUGAUGCGAUGGCAACGGGCAGCUUAAUAUUCCUGCACAGCGGAACGUAUCGGGGUGAGUUCCUGGUAAUCGAUUCCGAUGUGGCUCUAAUCGGGGCAGCGCCGGGCAAUGUGGCCGAAUCGAUCAUACUCGAGCGGGAAUCCGAAUCGACGGUCAUGUUUGUCGAGGGUGCGAAGCAUGCGUACGUAGGACAUAUGACGUUGAAGUUUUCGCCGGACGUUACUUCGACGGUUCCGCACCACAAACACUACUGUCUCGAGGUGAGCGAAAACUGCAGCCCCACGAUCGAUCACUGCAUUAUCCGGAGCACGUCGGUCGUUGGGGCCGCUGUUUGUGUGAGUGGCGUCGGUGCUAACCCGCUCAUCAAGUACUGUGACAUCAGCGACUGUGAGAACGUUGGUCUGUACGUGACAGAUUACGCACAGGGCACCUAUGAGCAUAAUGAGAUUAGUCGGAAUGCGCUGGCCGGUAUCUGGGUGAAGAAUUACGCUAGUCCUAUCAUGCGCGAGAAUCACAUCCACCACGGGCGUGACGUUGGUAUCUUUACAUUCGACAAUGGCAUGGGUUACUUUGAGAAAAAUGACAUCCACAACAACCGAAUAGCGGGGUUUGAGGUGAAAGCGGGUGCCAAUCCAACGGUGGUCAAGUGUGAGAUACAUCAUGGCCAAACGGGUGGAAUCUACGUGCACGAGAAUGGGCUGGGCCAGUUCAUAGAGAACAAAAUCCAUUCCAACAACUUUGCAGGUGUGUGGAUUACGUCGAACAGUAAUCCCACGAUCAGAAAGAAUGAGAUCUAUAAUGGACAUCAGGGUGGCGUGUACAUCUUCGGCGAAGGUCGCGGUCUAAUCGAGCACAACAACAUUUACGGCAAUGCGUUGGCCGGUAUACAGAUACGCACGACAAGCGAUCCCAUUGUGCGGCACAAUAAAAUACACCAUGGUCAGCACGGCGGUAUCUAUGUGCACGAGAAGGGACAGGGUUUGAUCGAAGAGAACGAAGUGUACGCUAACACGCUGGCCGGUGUAUGGAUCACAACUGGCAGUACGCCCGUCUUGCGACGGAAUCGCAUCCAUUCGGGCAAGCAGGUUGGGGUGUAUUUCUACGACAAUGGACACGGCAAGCUGGAGGAUAAUGACAUUUUCAACCAUCUGUACUCGGGUGUGCAGAUCCGCACCGGCAGCAAUCCGGUGAUACGGGGCAACAAGAUUUGGGGUGGUCAAAAUGGAGGUGUGCUCGUGUACAACGGUGGGCUCGGUUUGCUGGAGCAGAACGAAAUCUUUGACAAUGCGAUGGCGGGCGUGUGGAUCAAGACGGACUCGAAUCCGACGUUACGACGUAACAAAAUCUACGACGGUCGCGAUGGUGGCAUCUGUAUCUUUAACGGUGGCAAGGGCAUCCUGGAGGAGAAUGACAUCUUCCGCAAUACGCAAGCGGGCGUGUUAAUAUCGACCCAGAGCCAUCCGGUGUUGAAGCGUAAUCGAAUUUUCGACGGUUUGGCGGCCGGUGUGGAGAUCACGAACAAUGCGACGGCUACGUUGGAGUACAAUCAGAUCUUCAACAACAAGUUUGGCGGUCUGUGUUUAGCCAGCGGUGUUCAGCCGAUCGUUGGCGGGAACAAGAUCUUCAACAAUCAGGACGAGGUAGAGAAAGCGGUAUCGGGCGGGCAGUGUUUGUACAAAAUCUCGUCCUACACUUCGUUUCCGAUGCAUGAUUUCUAUCGCUGCCAUACGUGCAAUACCACCGAUCGCAAUGCAAUCUGUGUGAAUUGCAUUAAAACGUGCCACUCCGGUCAUGACGUUGAGUUUAUACGCCAUGAUAGAUUUUUCUGCGAUUGCGGUGCCGGUACGCUGACAAACCAAUGUCAGUUACAGGGUGAACCGACGCAAGACACGGACACUCUGUACGAUUCGGCAGCGCCGAUGGAAUCCCAUACGCUGAUGGUGAACUAG